GCGCGGCCCCGGCGGAAAGUUUUUCCUGACGGAGUUUUGGCGGCGGCAGCCGGAGCGGCCAUGGACGCGCUCAAGUCCGCCGGGCGGGCGCUGAUCCGGAGCCCCAGCCUCGCUAAGCAGAGCUGGGGGGGCGGCGGCCGGCAUCGGAGAUGCGGCCCCAUCUGCCUGGAGAGGGCGUGGCCUUGUUACACCACAAGGCUGCUUGGCGACCAGGGAGGGGCCAGGACUCUGCCUUCACCCACCUGCCAGUUCGGAGCCUUGGUGGAGCGGAGCCUCGGGCCCGCAUUUCAGACUUGCUGUUACCUGCCUGACAGGCUCCCCCCCCCCCCGUUUCCUGUUUUUCAGGCGCAGGCUGUCACCCUCACAGUAGCCCAGGCCUUCAAAGUCGCUUUUGAGUUUUGGCAGGUGUCCAAGGAAGAGAAGGAGAAGAGGGACAAAGCCAGCCAAGAGGGAGGGGACGUCCUGGGCGGGGGCCUCCGAGACAGCACCCCGUCGUUGAAGAGCCUGGUUGCCACUGGGAACCUGCUGGACUUGGAAGAGACGGCCAAGGCCCCGCUGUCCACAGUCAGCGCUAAUACCACUAACAUGGACGAGGCACCGAGGCCUCAAGCCUUGAACAAUAGCAGUGUUGUCUGGGAGCUGGAUGACGGCCUGGAUGAAGCAUUUUCAAGGCUUGCGCAGUCUCGGACAAACCCUCAGGUCCUGGACACUGGAUUGACAGCACAGGACAUCCAUUACGCCCAGUGCCACUCACCUGUCGACUGGGACAAGCCUGACGGCAGCGGCGCCGAGCAGGAUGAUCUCUUCAGCUUCUGAGCGCCCUGGAGCUGGUGGGACACGUGACAGACCAAAGCCUCUGGUGGCGGUGUAGGGCCAGCGCCAGGACCCCCAGCCACCCUCUGCUGGGUGGCGGCCUGCGAAUCCCAGCUGCAUCCAGUCAGGCAGGGGGGGGAAGGAGAAAGUUCUCUUUUAGCCCCGCUCUUUCUGUAAGAACUGAAGGAUGCCUUGAAUAUUUAUUCAGUGACUCCUGGUUCAGCUCGGAAGCCGAAUUUGCGUCAGGCACGAGCGCAUGUUUUAACCAGCUUUCUGCCCUCUCUUGAGCAAGCUCUGCUCUGCUGCGGGUGUUGGUGACCAAAGCAUUCUUGUCCCUUCUCUCUUUCUAAGGACCCAGAUUUCCCUGGCGGUGCCCCCACUCCUUACUGAGCACAGGAGGGCCCCGCAGCCUCCGCAGAACGCUGCGUCCUCAAGUGUGCCUUCGGCCGGGGCCCCGCUGGGCUUGCGCCCCCGCCCCGGGGCUCCCCGCGGAGGGGCAGCCCCUGACCAAAGACAACGUGUAGCUGGCACUUUAAAGCGCACACAGCAGGUGUGGCCCCCAGGGGCUCCUCGAAGGUGCUGCAUUGCAUAGAGCUUUCUGUCUGCCCUUCCACGAGAUGGUUCCCAUCGGGGCUCAGAACCAGUGUACCUGGCUGCCCAUGGGUCCCCAGGGUCUGACUGCAACAGUGGGGAUCAUCUGUGACUGCCCUCCGUCGGGGUCCCCCAACCCACUCUUCUCCUCGAGUUGGACGGGCACGUGCCCGCUCUUCCUGUCUCGUCCGCGUGGGUGUCUCUGAGCCCCGAUUCCCCACGCCUCCGGGGACAGCAUGUAGUGCCGAACACCGAGCCUUGGUCAGGACUCUUUUGUCGCCAUUUUACAGAGGAGGAGACAGGCCCCGAGUGUGGAAAGGGUGGAGGGCAGAGGAGAACCAGAUCUGAUGCCAAAGUUGCCUCUCCCAGCUCACACCUCCCUUCUUUCUGGCGUUGUUGUCCUCCCAGGAACCAAAAACCCCAGCUCUUUUCUGACCAAAAUGUGUUUCAUAACAAACCAUCUGGUGCCUUUCCACAGACAACUGGCUUGAGCUUCCGCGCCCUGCUCGCUGGCUGGCUGCCGAUUUGCGUGGAAUGAAAGUGUCGAUGCUAAUGUGGAGGGUGAAACCAAACUAGACGCCGGAGCAUCACACUCUUCUUUCCCGACCCUCACCCCUGGGUCGGCGCAUGGCAGCGGCGUCUGUCCUCUGUCUCCCGUCCUCCUCCCGCUCCCUCCCCAGCCGCGGGGCUCCCAGCAAAGCUGCCAGCGCCCUCUCCCCCUGGGGGUGCCUCCCAGGCCUGGCUUCACUGAGCUCAAGGCGCUGGUGGUAGCAGGUUUCCCUAGCCCAGGAGAAACACACACCGUUUCUCAGAAUCUGCUUCUCUAAGCCCUUGAAUCGGAGCACAGAGAAGUGCCUGGCCGAGGGGUGGGGUGACAUUUGUAGAGUGUCUAUCAGAAUACGGGAAUCCGUUCCUUUCCCUGCCCAGCGCCUGCACCUUUGCUUGCCCACCCCAGACCUUGGUACUGGCCCCUGGCUUUAUUACGAGGCAGCAGGUUUAGGUCCCGACACCGGCUGUCCCUGGCACGAGGGUCCAGAAACCCCGAGAGGCCGUGCUGUGUGUGUGUGUGUGUGUGUGUGUGUGUGUGUGUGUGAGAGAGAGAGAACCGGACUUGGCCUUUGUGUGGGUCCCUGGCUGACAAGCUGUCUGUGCUCCCGUGUGUCUGCAAAUGAGUCUUGUGCUUUGCUUUGUGUUGCUGUAAAAGACAUUCUAAUGAGGAAAAGACUAAGUAAUAAAGGUUCUUUUUUUGAAAGACAAA